UGCAAGAAGUGUUUCACAUCAUUCGAUGACAGGCGGCAUAAAUACAAGUUGAGCGGACGGGAGGCGUUAACUCAGCAUAAGCUUAUAUGCGGUGCACAUAAGCCAAUAUUACCGGUGAUGCCGAAAGAAGGCGAGUGUCUGCGAUUUGAAGCAUGGAGAAACACUCAGAGACAUCCUAUAGUAAUAUAUGCGGAUUUUGAGACACUGCUAGUUAAGACGGACGAGGUGAAGGGAAAAAAUACGAAGAUUGUUCACAAACAUGAGGCUAUGAGCUAUGGUCUCAUUGUGAAGGCGAGCAAUAACGUACCGGCAGAGCUAUUAGCGAGACACGAGAUACCAACGGAACCAAUAUUAUAUCGAGGAAGUGAGAGUCGGCGUGAUGUGGCGAGACAUUUUGUCGAAACCGUGUCUGAAAUAGCAUUAAAGAAAGAGAAAUUAUUGAAGACGAAUAUUCCGAUAAAUAUGUCCGCAGACGACAUACAAGUUCAUGAAGCAGCGACGCACUGCAAUCUAUGCAAAAUUGAGUUUACCCCACCUUCAGAGGUACUAUAUCGUAAGACAGCUGACCAUUGCCAUCUCACAGGAAAAUACCGUCAAGCUCUCUGCAAUGUAUGCAACCAAAAACUACAAACACCCGUUUUUGUACCAUGCUACUUCCAUAACUUGUACAACUAUGACGCACAUCUGAUAGUCACAGAACUUAGUUAUGACACCCAGACUAUUAGAGUGAUACCCAACAGUGAGGAAAAAUAUAUUUCGUUUACGAAAUAUGUGUCAAGUAAAUUCCAAAUCCGUUUCAUAGACACUUUUAGAUUCAUGGUAUCAGGAUUAUCAACUCUAGCUAAAAAUCUUGUAACACCAGGUCUUGAGAACUUUCGUGAAACAGCUAAAGUGUUUACUGGAGACGAUAUGCCACUUGUAACUCGUAAGGGGGUGUACCCGUAUGAGUACACGGAUAGUUGGAGCAGGUUGGACGAGACGAGUUUACCGAGCAAGAGAAGUUUUUAUAGCACGUUAAACGAGUCGGUAAUAAAGGAGGAGGAAUACACGCAUGCAAAGGAGGUCUGGGACCACUUCGGUUGCAAGACGCUGGGCGAGUAUUCGGACUUAUAUUUGAAAAUCGACGUGUUGCUGCUUGCGGACGUCUUUGAAAAUUUUCGUGAUGUGUGCAUAAAGACAUAAAACCCGGACGCCGCCCACUAUUUCACUGCACCCGGCUUAAGUUUUGACGCGAUGCUGAAGUUCACAGGACAGAAACUUGAAAUGUUAUCGGAUUAUGACAUGCUGUUAAUGUUCGAGAAUGGUCAGUAUAUUAUUUUUAAAAAAUGUACAUAUGAUAAUAAUCUUAUUUGUAUAGGUAUACGUGGCGGCUUGGUACAAGCGAGUAAGAGGUACGCGAAGGCGAAUAACAUGAAGACCCCGGGAUAUGACGAAACGAAGGAGAAAUCAUGGAUUGUAUAUCAGGACUGUGACAACUUGUACGGAUGGGCAAUGUCCCAAUGCAUGCCUUAUGCUGGGUUCAACUGGGUUGAACCCACAUUGAAUGGAUUGGAUGAUCUGGACGAUACCUCCCCCAUAGGGCGAGUAUACGAAGUUGAUGUAUCAUACCCGAGAAAUUUGCACGAUCAUCAUAAUGAUCUCCCUUUCCUACCUCAGAACAGCGUGCCGCUAGGGCCAAAGGUGAAAAAAUUGAUGGCGACGUUCGAAAAGAAGAAAAAUUAUAUAAUACAUUAUAGGAGCCUGCAACAAGCGAUUAAGAAUGGCUUAAUAGUUGAAAAAGUACAUAGGGUUAUACAGUUUAGCCAGUCGGACUGGUUAGCUAAAUACAUAGAGCUAAACACAGAGAUGCGGAAGAAGGCAAGGAAUGAUUUCGAGAAAGACUUCUUUAAACUCAUGAACAACGCUGUAUUUGGUAAAACAAUGCAGUCAAAACUUAAAGAGAUGAAGAUGGAGCUAGUGUCAUGUGCUAGAAGGUUACAGAAGUUAAUAAAUAAGUGUACGUUUAAACACUGCACUAAUUACAAUGAGAAUCUGAACGCUGUUACUCUGGAGAACAAAAUUAUUAAAUUUGACAAACCUAUAUAUAUUGGAUUCGCUGUGCUGGACAUAUCUAAAACCAAAAUGUAUGACUAUCAUUACAACGUUAUGAAGAAACAUUAUAAAGAUAAAAUCAAGCUAAUGUACACUGACACAGUGUAUCAUAUCAAUACCGAUGAUUUCUACAAAGACUUGAUUGAGAAUACCAACUUGAUGGAUAGAUUAGACACGGCGGACUUGCCUCCUAUCCAUCCGUGCUACACUACAGCUAGGAAGAAGGUGCCCGGGUUUUUCUCUGAUGAAGCAAAAGGACAUAUAAUGACAGAGUUUUGUGCACUACGUGCAAAAUCAUACGCGUACAACACAUAUACAGGAGAAGAGGAUGUGGUGAGAGAGCAGAUCAAGGCGAAAGGUGUAAGACAGCAUGUGGUUAAAAAUCAUAUGACGUUGGAGGAUCUUGUUAAGUGUUUGUUUGGAGAAGCUGGCGUGGAGGCGUAUAAGGAGAAUGUAUCUAUUCGCUCAUUCAAACACAAGUUGAUGACGAUAAAAACGAGAAAGCUAACUUACAACAGUUAUGACGAUAAGAGAGUGGUAUUGGACGAUAAAAUCCAUACCUUGGCUCACGGACAUUAUGGUUUAGGGGAUGAUGACGACGAACAGAUUAAUGAUUGGUUAGAUCAUGAGACAGAUGCUGGUGACCUUGAAUCUAAUGAAUGAGAUUACUUCUAAAUAAUUAAAUACUAUGUAUAUUUUUAUUGUAAAUACCAUGUAUAUAUUUUUUGUUAUUGUAAAUACCACUCGAAUAAUUUGUAUAUUUUGUUAUCUAUAACCUUGA